UGUGUGCGUGCGCGCGGACGGGCGCGGGCGCGUGUGUAUGCCACGGAACAAACUUCGCGCAGACCUUAUCAAGUCCCGUCAGGAGCGGGAGUCCAAUGGUCAGCGUUGGCCGGCUGAUCUUUGGAUGUUUGCGCUGCAGGAAGCGUGGAAGGCGGACGGGCUCUGCGGCAGUCGAGCGUGUCUGUGUUGACAAAGACCCCCAAAAGUUCGGCCGGGUUCGGCGGCUCUCAUCGCAGCCAUGUCCGGACCGCCUAGAUUUGUGAGCCCGUUCCACGGACCCCGGUGUCUGGCUGCGGCCGCGGCUCCGGCGGGGAAAGCCAAGCUGACGCACCCGGGCAAGGCGAUCCUGGCAGGUGGAAUAGCCGGAGGCAUCGAGAUCUGCAUCACCUUCCCCACGGAGUACGUGAAGACGCAGCUGCAGCUGGACGAGAAGGCCAAUCCUCCCAAAUACAGAGGAAUCGGCGACUGUGUGAAGCAGACGGUGAACAGUCAUGGGGUGAAGGGUCUUUACAGGGGCCUGAGCUCUCUGCUCUACGGCUCCAUACCUAAAGCGGCCGUCAGGUUCGGGAUGUUUGAGUUCCUCAGUAAUAAGAUGCGUGACGAGACGGGCAAACUGGACAGCAAGCGAGGGUUCCUCUGUGGCCUCGGGGCUGGAGUCGCUGAAGCUGUGGUGGUCGUCUGCCCGAUGGAGACGGUCAAGGUCAAAUUCAUCCAUGAUCAGACAUCAGCAAAUCCGAAGUACAGGGGAUUUUUCCAUGGGGUGAGGGAGAUUGUUAGAACUGAAGGACUGAAGGGGACUUACCAGGGUCUAACUGCCACCGUUCUGAAACAAGGCUCCAACCAGGCCAUUCGCUUCUACGUCAUGACUUCACUGAGGAACUGGUACAAAGGAGAUGACCCCAACAAGGCCAUCAACCCGAUGAUAACUGGUCUGUUUGGAGCUGUCGCUGGAGCCGCUAGUGUGUUUGGAAACACUCCCCUGGAUGUCAUCAAGACCAGAAUGCAGGGUCUUGAAGCCCACAAGUACAAAAGCACAAUGGACUGCGCCAUUAAGAUCAUGAAGCACGAGGGACCAAAGGCGUUCUACAAAGGUACUGUGCCUCGGCUGGGUCGCGUCUGCAUGGAUGUGGCCAUAGUCUUCGUUAUUUAUGAGGAAGUCGUGAAGGUCCUGAACAUGGUCUGGAAGACGGACUGAAGUGGACCCCGCAGUGCUACUCAAGCAGGAGCUUUGGGACAGGCCGCCACCUUUUUUUAACUAGGCCGAGUCCCGAAUCAGCGAUCUUAAACCCUGCUUUAGGUUCUAACGUCUACCUCUAGGUGAUUAUCAGAAAGAAGGAAAGGGAUGGGUAUAUUCUUGAUUUGUUUUUAUAGCACAGCUACCAUGAGUGGAAGGAUGCCUGCAUGGGAGGAUACGCUCAGGUUGCAGAAUUAAUUACUUAGACUUGCUUGUUUCUCUCUUUGAGACCUCAGGGAGGCAUUUAUUUAAAUGAAAGAGGAACACGCAGCACAUAGAGGCUCUCGCCUACAGUGCUUUAAGUUGGAGUUACACUCACGCUGUAUGUACUUAAUCAGAGGCAAACUAAAACCAACAUAAUGUGACUUAGGCACGAAUGUACUUGAAAAUUAGAGAUUAUACUAGAUGUCCAACAUUUAAAGCUUAUUUUAUAUGCAAGUAUUAAGUUUUUUUUAAAGCUGCUUUUAUUUCCUUUAGUAUACAGUAAUACAGUCUCAUUCUGAGGCCACAGGUAUACUUAAAAACUAAAUGCCUUCAAUCACAGCUGUCACAAACUUAUAGGAGCUGUAGCAAGUUGCUAUUUAGUUAGAAAAAUGCACGUUUCCAUCAAUCUGUGACUUCUAAAGAGGGCUGUUUUAAUUCAGGUAAUUUACAAGACUGAUCUUAAAACAAUUCAAGUGCCUAUGUAUGAUAUGCUUCAUGUGGAGAUCUUUUCAGAUUAGGAAUAAUUGAAUGCAUGUUGUAUGUCCUUAGCCACUACAUGUAUUAAGUGUGUCUGAUGUGUUUAAAUCUUCUUAAUUCCUUGCCACUGUUAGUGUUUUAAUAAUUCCUUGUUUCUAUAUUUUAAAUUGCCUUUACUGCUUGGGAAAUGCCAAUAUUGGUGCCUUUCAUCUCAUUCCAGGAGGAUGAGUGGUUUAGGGUUUAGCAGAGUUUAUGAUUCCGUUCUUUGUUUUUAACUACUUCAUUUUAACUGCCUUUGCUUUUAAUGUGAGUUGACAACCAAUUUGUGCCAGCGGCUGCUUCUCAAGACAGUUGUCAGUCAGUUGUCAGAUUGUUAGAGUUGCCAAACUCACAAAUGUGAUUCAGUGUAACAGCAGCACAGAUUGAAUGUUCCCCAAUGACCACACAGCAACACAGAAGAUCAUCUGUGUAUCUUUGAGGCGCUGGGUGUACCUAAUAAAAUGACAGCUGAGUGGGGAAUGCCAUGUUAUGAACUUUAGAUUGUGGGUCUGGCAUGUUUACAUGUAGUAAUUGUCUGUGCUCAUCAAACAGUGUUUACUCUGAGCCUUGCAUUCAUGUAGAUCUGUGUCAUGUUAUUAGAUCAGUGGCCCCAGUAGUGAAACCACAGUUUUGUGCCUUCAGACUAAUGGAAGAAGAACUCUUUUAUUUGUCACUUACAAUGUCACAAUGAAAUUGGCUGUUCUCUACAAACAGAGCUACCAGGCCACCCAAUAUGUAUGCUUGCAAAUAAAUCAGAUCAGAGAAUA